UUUAUGGCAAGUCAUUUACUAGAUUUCCCAAAACUCUCCUUGAACGUUUUCCACGGGAAACAGUCCUUAUCUCAACAUCAUUGACCACUCUUGUACUGUAUCUAUUUAGUCAAAACUCAGAGAUUAUAAUAAGAUCUGCUUCAUCUCCACACUUUGUUUUCUGGGUCAGUCUCUAUUGAGUGGUAAAGCUCAAAGCUUUGAGCAACAAAAGAAGCCAUCAUGGAUGUUAUGACACAAUUGCAGAGACAGUGGCGUGAACACACAGCCUAUCUACGUAAGGAGGGAUAUUUGGAUGACCAGUUUGAACAACUUCAGAAAUUGCAAGAUGAGAACAGUCCAGAUUUUGUUGCUGAGGUUGUGUCUAUUUUCUUUGAUGAUUCUGAGAAGCUCCUCAACAAUAUGGCCAGAGCUCUAGAACAGAAAGUUGUUGAUUUUAAACAGGUAGAUGCCCAUGUUCAUCAGUUCAAGGGUAGCAGUGCCAGCAUAGGUGCAAUGAGAGUUAAAAACUUGUGCAUUGAGUUCAGAAAUCAUUGCGAGGCCCAGAGCCUUGAAGAGUGUGUGAGAUGUUUGCGAAAACUGCAAUAUGAGUACUCUGUACUGAAAAAUCAGCUCGAAUAUUUAUUCAGGCUUGAGCAACAGAUCCGAGCCGCUGGUGUGUAAUGGUGAUGUCAUCUCCUAUAGGCAGAAACGAGUGGAUAUGAAGGAUUGAUGUUAUAGAUAAUCUAUAUUGAGUUUUUGUGAUGUUGAAAUUAAUCCUUCUAGACUUUCUGGAGGAUUUCUCUAGUUUUAUGUCUAGAGCUUACAUAAAUGGAAAGUGCUAAUGUGAAUAAAUAUACCUUCUUUAUACAGAACAUACAGUUUCCUUUUGCUGUUCCUGUUCACUAGUUGAAAUUUUUGUAUUGGUUGUUUAGAUGGUUGAAAUUUUCUGGUGGUUAUUUUUGCUACCUAUUAAUGCUAAUGGUUAAUUUUGUA